AUGGCAAAUACUUCCUCUUAUAGGAGAUGUGUUGGUUAUAUCGAUGAGAGAAGCGUGGAGGCCAUACAACCGGACAUUAAUUUUGAUGAUCGAGUGCUUGAACUUCCGGUCCAGAAGAGAGAGUGCAGAGACAGUGGUUUCCUAAUACUGUUUAUCGCAUUUUUGUCAUUUUUGCACUCAAAUCCCAAUCUUGUAAUUCAUGGGUACGAUAACUAUGGAAACAUUUGCGGCCAACCAAACAAACCACUGCCAAACGUUACCAAUUCUGGACAAAACAAAACUAAUUUUCCGUAUUUACUCAUUGAAUCGAUUCAAAACUCUUCCAUCAAAACCAAAUGUGUUAAUGAGUGCCCGAAAGACGGAUUCUUCGAAUAUUGUCAUUUGGGUCACACUUUUUGCAUUGAGCUUAACUGCAAUCAGUGGAUCUGCUUAUGUCUGAGCCAACUCUUAACGCUUAAGUUUGAUGAAAAACAGCGAGAAUUUCAGCAACAUUUGGUUGACCAAUGGUUUGUGGCCGGAAUCGCAGCAUCAGUUCUCACUGUUGUAUUUAUUUUUAUUGUCACUGUAAUGAGAAAGAGGAUAAAACUGGUGGCAAUUCUGUUCAGAGAGGCUGGAAAAGCAAUAAGUGAUAUGCCUUUCCUAUUACUACAACCCGUUUGGGCGACUAGAUUUCCGGUCAUUGAUCCCAUCACUGGUUUUGUUUCGUAUAAUUCAGAGCCCUUUUAUAAAUACAUGAAGUGGUAUCACAUGUUUGGGUAUUUAUGGUCAGUUCAUUUCAUCCUCUCGUGUCAACAUUUCAUAAUCUCUGGUUCAGUCGCCCUUUGGUUCUUUAAAAGAUCUAAACAGUCGUUAGACUGUCCUCUACUGCACACAAUUGCUAUAUUAAUCCGCUAUCACAUCGGAUCCAUCCUUUUUGGCUCUCUUUUGAUCGCUUCCGUCAAAGCAAUUCGUUUUAUAGUCAAAAGAUUAGACGCGCUUAACGCUCUCAGAGUUCUGGCCCUCAAUUCUGUCGGAGAUUUUCUUCUAUUUGUGGCCAAAAUAUGUGUCGUAACAGCCGUUGCCUUCAUUGGCAUUGAAUUGAUUGAAGAGAAGAGUCAUUCACUUCACUACUAUUGGUCUCCAAUCAUCGCUUCCGCUCUCUUCGCUUAUUUCGUUUCCCAUUGUUUUCUAUCCGUUUAUGAAAUGGCAAUCGACACGUUAUUCCUCUGCUUUAUAGAGGAUUGUCAGCAAAACGAUGGCUUAAGAAAACCAUACUUUAUGAGCAAUAGUCUCAUGGGUUUUAUUGAAUCCAAUUAUCAUAAGAAUGAGAAUUAA